AUGAAGCCUUCUACUUUCUUUCUUGCUCUCACCCUCAUUUACCUCUUCACCACACCUUCACUAUCUUCUAGGUCCAUCGUAGACGAUACCGUUGUGUACGAUAGAGAAGGUAAUCAACUCCAGAAAGACGCCUUCUACUUCAUAAGCCCUCCAAUACGGGGGCCUCUUGGCGAUUCAGUGAAGCUAACCCGGCCUUUUGGUGGAAACGAAACGUGUAACGAAGCAUAUGUUAUCCAACCCUUUUUUACACCUUAUCCUGCCACCCCUUUCUCCUUCACACCUGUUGACUCGGAUGUUAUCAAAUUAGGUUCUCCGCUCGCCAUUCAAUCCACGGACAGCCCAUGUGAAGGGAGUACGGUAUGGAAGGUGUCAAGUCUUACGGGGCCAAUUAUAUCCGGUAACAUUAUCACCACGGGCGGGAUCAUAAAUACACCAAGCAGCUGCCUUAGAAUCACAAAACCUGAAGUGCCUAGGUUCGGCGGCUACAUAUUCGAAUAUUGUCCCUAUUUAUGUGGUCCGGGUUUCAGAAUUUGCCAACCACUUGGUAACAAUAUGGGACUUCUUUCUCCUAAUGCUGAGACGCCUUUUGAAUUUGUUUUAAACAAGGCAUCUGAGUCGGCUGCCGCGAUUUAG